AUGCCGAGGAAUCUGUCGUUCAGGAUACCUGUGAGAUGUUUUGUGAGCACAUCGUACGUUAAUUAUGCGAUACCAAAGAAAAAUAAGAUGCCACCGAGACCGAAGUGGCUUAUUGUGGAAGAAGAGAUCGAUGAAGCCUUUUUGAAAGGAGGAAGGGGACCAGGAGGACAGAAAAUCAAUAAGAGUAACAGCAAGGUCCAGCUCACGCAUAAGCCUACGGGAUUAGUUGUGACAUGCCAGUAUUCAAGGUCACAAGAACAAAACCGUAAGCGUGCUAGAGAAAUAUUGGCAUUGAAGCUUGAUGAGCUACAGAACCCAGAGGGGUGUCGUACGGCAAUUGUGAAUGAGAGGAAGACAAAAACAAAACAGGGCAAAACGAAAAAGGCUAACAAAAAAUACAAAGUGCUAGACGAAGAGAGGAUGAAGACUAAGGAAGAAGAACACGAAAUAUUGUCGAAUUUUAUAGAUAUUGACGCCGAAUUCGAUUCCCAUGUCAAGUCUACAUUGAACUCCACUACUACAGGUGAAAAGGGGCCCGUAUAA